GAAAAGCCAACAUGGCUGGUGCUGCCACCAUCACCGGAUCUUUGCUCAGCUCUCUCUCAUUCACCUUCUUUCUCUCUCAACGUUUCUCUCUCUAUAUUUAUCACUUCUUCGAUUUUCUCGUCUAUCUCUCCUCCUCCAUUGUUGCCCAAACGCUGUCUGAAAAAAAAAAAGGCCAUUGUAGAAAAUCUUCAUCAAAUCUCAGGAAUCGUCCUAGAAAUUUUGAUCAUAAACAGAGAUGCAAUGGAAGAAACGCCCGUGUAGAUUACAUGCAGCAAUGAUUCAUUUAUCUUUUCUUUGUUAAUGUAACUUCUUUAUCUCUCUUUGUCUACUUUUCGUUGUCAUUUUGCCAGCUCCGUUGCUUUUCUCUUUUUCACAUACUUUUCACCUUCUAAAAGUAGAAAGAAUUGUGGGAGUUUCGAAAAGCUGUUGACUCUGCAGACGCCACUUCAAUCAUCAGUUGCUCGAAAAAUCUAGUUCUCAUUUCAGGACCAAGAACGGUAUAACCUAAUGUCUAACGCAGCAAAAUCUCUGGAACCUGCUUUUCAGGGAGUUGGUCAGAAAGCAGGGCUUGAGAUAUGGAGAAUUGAGAACUUCCAACCAGUUCCCUUGCCAAAACCUGAUUAUGGUAAAUUCUACUCCGGAGAUUCAUAUAUCGUUCUACAGACAAUUGCUGGAAGAGGAGGCGGUUAUCAUUAUGAUGUACACUUCUGGCUCGGAAAGGAUACUAGCCAAGACGAAGCAGGGACUGCAGCUAUCAAAACUGUCGAACUUGAUGCAGUUCUUGGAGGUCGCGCUGUUCAGUACAGAGAAUUGCAAGGGCACGAGUCUGACAAAUUCUUGUCGUACUUUAAACCUUGUAUCAUACCACUAGAAGGUGGUGUUGCAUCUGGGUUUAAGACGCCCGAAGAGGAAGAGUUUGAAACUCGAUUAUACAUCUGUAAAGGAAAACGCGUUGUAAGGUUGAAGCAGGUCCCAUUCUCCCGGUCAUCAUUGAAUCACGACGAUAUUUUUAUUCUCGACACUGAAAACAAGAUAUAUCAGUUCAAUGGUGCAAAUUCAAACAUUCAAGAAAGGGGAAAGGCAUUAGAAGUAGUCCAAUUUCUGAAGGACAAGUACCAUGAAGGGACUUGUGACGUUGCAAUCGUUGAUGAUGGAAAAUUAAAAGCAGAAUCAGAUUCGGGUGAAUUUUGGGUUCUCUUUGGAGGCUUUGCUCCCAUUGGUAAAAAAGUUAUUACUGACGAUGAUGUUGUUGCGGAGAAGACUUCUCCACAGCUUUACAGCAUAAAAGAUGGCCAUGCUAAUCCCGUAGAAGGAGAGCUUUCCAAGUCACUCCUUGAAAAUAACAGAUGCUAUUUGCUGGAUUGUGGCAAUGAGAUAUUUCUUUGGGUUGGCCGGGUAACUCAAAUCGACGAGAGAAAAGCUUCUAUUCAAGCUGCAGAGGAGUUUGUUACUAGCCAAAAUAGACCAAAAUCAACACAAAUAACUCGGCUUAUUCAAGGUCAUGAGAAUCAUGCUUUCAAGUCCAAGUUUGAUUCCUGGCCCAUGACAUCAACUACUGCUGUUGUCGAGGAGGGAAGGGGGAAAGUAGCAGCUUUACUGAAACAACAAGGUGGCGGCGUGAAAGCAGCUACCAAAAAUGCUCCAGUUUUCGAGGAUGUCAUUCCUCCAUUGCUUGCAGGAGGUGGAAAACUAGAGGUUUGGCGAAUCAAUGGCAGCGAGAAAACUGCAGUUCCUGCAGAAGAUAUUGGAAAAUUUUACAGCGGGGAUUGCUAUGUCGUGCUUUACACAUACCAUCACCAUGAAAGAAAGGAAGAUUUCUAUUUGUGUAGUUGGAUUGGGAAAGAUAGCGUUCAGGAAGAAGCAGAGACAGCUACUAGAUUGUGUAAUACAAUGUACAACACACUGAAAGGGAGGCCAGUGCAGGGCCGUAUAUAUCAAGGGAAAGAGCCACCUCAGUUUAUCGCGAUAUUCCAGCCUAUGGUGACCCUUAAGGGUGGAAUGAGUUCUGGCUACAAGGACCGCAUCGCUGAACGAGGCGUAAAUGAUGAGACUUACACUGGCGAUGGCGUUGCUCUAUUCCGCAUAUCUGGAACUUCUCUGCAUAAUAAUAAAGCUCUUCAAGUUGACGCGGUGGCCACAUCAUUGAACUCAAACGAGUGUUUUGUGCUUCAAUCUGGAACAACAGUUUUCUGUUGGAUAGGGAAUCAAAGCACCGUUGAGCAACAACAAUUAGCAGCCAAGGUUGCAGAAUUUCUCAAGCCUGGAUCACCGAUCAAGCACACUAAAGAGGGAACAGAGAGCUCGAUCUUCUGGGGUGCCGUCGGAGGAAAAAAGCCUUACACCAGUAAGAAGUCCACCCCCGAGGGUCCCAGGGAUCCUCACUUGUUUGCUUACUCCUUUCAUAAAGGAAAAUUUGAGGUUGAAGAAAUAUACAGAUUCUCUCAAGAUGAUCUGUUAACCGAGGAUAUGUUGAUACUGGAUACACGUGCUGAAGUAGUUGUUUGGGUUGGCCAAUUAGUGGAUCCAAAAGAGAAGCAAACAGCCUUCGAGAUUGGACAGACAUACGUGGAGAUGGCUGCCUCACUCGAUGGGUUGGCCCCGAAUGUUCCACUUUACAAAGUCGCCGAAGGAAACGAGCCAUGCUUCUUCACCACAUAUUUUUCAUGGGAUCCUGCAAAAGCAAGUCUAUAUGGGAACUCGUUCCAAAAGAAGGUUCUGCAACUCUUUGGUUACGGCAAUGAGGAUAAGUCCAAUCCUUCAAAUAACGGGGGACCAACUCAAAGGGCUUCAGCUUUGGCAGCUUUGAACAAUGCAUUUAAUUCAACUUCAGCUCCGAAACCUGUCAUAGCUCCUAGGGCCGGAGCAGGUCAAGGAUCGCAGAGAGCUGCUGCGGUGGCUGCUUUAUCUUCCGUUUUGACUGCUGAGAAACGAUCACCCGAUUCAUCUCCAGUUCGAAGGCUUAGAAGUCCCCAUGCAGAAGCUAGCCCUACUGCUCGAACUCCAAGGAAGAGCGCAGAUGCUGCUACCUCUGCCUUUGCAGAAGAAUCCAAAGAAAAUUUGGAAGGGAAGGAUUCCGAGCCAGCUGAGCCUGUUGAAGAGACUAAUGAGGAGGAAUCCGAUUCAAAGGCUGAAAACGAGCAAGACGAGGCUGCCUCUGAAGCUGUUCGGGGCACAUACAGUUACGAGCAGCUCAAGUCCAAGGCUACCAUCCCAGGGGUUGAUUACAAACGACGAGAGGCUUAUCUUUCUGAUGAAGAAUUCGAGACAGUGUUUGAGAUGAGCAGAGAAGCUUUCUACCAGAACCCCAAAUGGAAGCAAGACCUUCUCAAAAAGAAAGCCGAUCUCUUCUAAACGUGCAUUUUCAGUCCAUAUACCACUCAGGUCUUCGUGUUUCAUCUCAUAUUUCGACUGCACCUUAUCCCUUACUAGGACUACGUACGUGCUUUAAGUUUUUGAUCGCCAUUGCUGCAAAUUGUCAGCAUUGGUUUUGGUUCCUUUCUUUUGCUUUCGACUUUUCUUGCUACGCGCCAUGAUCGGUCAGGGGUUGUAGGAUAAAGCCGAUAAGGCCGUCUGCAUUCUUUGAUUUUGGCGGAGUGUCAUCUUCUAGUUUUAUGGUUACUCAACUUUCUUUUCUUUUCUUGUGCAUCCUUUUGAUCAUUUUUAUUGUUACUAUUUACUAGUGUUUGAUUGAAAGGGUGUAUACGUAUUGGUAUUGCAUUUUUUAUGUGACCAGCAGGAAUGCAGAUGAAAUUGUUUGAUGAGUUCUAUAUAAUGCAAUAUGAUGUUUGCUACUA